AGACAAUACCUAGUGGAAGAGGAAGCCGAGGCGAGGGCAGGAGUGAACUGAAAGACAGGACCAUCCGCACCCACAACCUGAUCUCGCGUUUUAAGUUCUGGGAACUACAACUGAGAACUUAACUGAAGCAACCUCACCUCACCUCACCAGGCAGUGCGAAUAACGACAAAGCUCCAGUGCUGACCCCCAAUCUGGCUUGCAUAUCCCGUCAUUGCCCAAUCAAUCCCACCGCGCCGUGCACUCUGCCUCCCCUGGUUGUCCUCCCCCUGUCGUUUCCAUCUGGUCCCCCCUGGUUUUACUACACCCAGGUCCCAGGGCAGCCAACGAGCGAGUGCGACCUCCAUAUUUUCCAGGGUAGGGGAGUGGCCGACUUGGCUUCCCCUUUCGACCCUUAGCGAUGCCCUUGCCCCAUUUCACCAUAGCACCACCUCCACCAGCACCGCCCGCACCUGCGACCUCGACCUCGACCUCGUCCAAGAUCCCGACCUCGUCCAACAACCCUGGGUCGUCUGCCUCAGCCACCACCGAUAUCUCCUCUGCUCGGACGCCGCCCGCGACCGUCACCACUUUUGCUGGCUCUGCCUCGUACACGUCCUCGCCGUCGCCGCGAACACGGCUGCCGGACCGGGACUUCAUCAGCCCCGGUUUACGGAACCCCUAUCCCCAGGGGCAGCGACCCAGCCGACCUCCGCCGCCACCACCGCGACAACAACAACAACAACAACAACAACACUCUGAGCGCUUUGGCACUGUGACGGUGCCCACCGCGGCCGAACAUAAUCAAUCAACCUUCAGUCCCUUUCCACCCGACCGUCUUCCGCCCAAAGUCCCGACUGACUCGCGACCGUCCCAAGACCUUCUGGAAUCGUUCAAUGAGCCACUACUCCACGGCCCAGCAACACCAGACUCGACCAAAGGCCUGAAACCUCCAUCGCAUAAGCGAGGUCAUUCGCGAUCUGGGAGCUCGAGUAGCAUAGGCGAUCGACUUAGGAACUUCAAUCGCUGGUCUGUCUCGUCCGCGUCAAGUAAAGGCUCAAACGGUGGUGGUUCCAGUUGGCGCAUUGGGUGGGAUAGUGGGAAAGAGAGGGAAGACUCAUCUGGUCAAAAGUCACACAAACGCCGACCCUCGACGUCAGAAAUCUCUCCGCGCUCUGUAAGCCACCUCCGAGGCCGCAGUGAUUCACCCCUGCGUCAUCCGAUCCCGCCCUUACCUAGCCUGCCGCGCAUUUCGACCGGGCCUUCUUUGGUAGAGGCAUUCCGGCACCAGGCCAGUGAGAUUGGCAAGCAAUCACCGGUACCACCCAGGCGGUAUUAUCUUCGGCCGCCUCCUGACGACAACGCCGCCUUCUGGGAUGGUGCUCCGCAGAUCCCAGAAGACACACCAGGAUCGUUGCCACGGUCACAUCAAGCAGCGGGGUUGCUACCUCCGGCAGAACUCGCGCCAGACCGCAUGAUGCCCCAAUAUACACAAAACGGCGACCCCCGAGGGCAAUCGCGAGGGAGGUCGCAUGGCGCAAAGUCAAGUACUGAUUCAACUGCGUCAAACCGAAACCGAGAUCGCCAGCGCCAUCGCUCCGACAAAAAGGCAAUGCUUUCUGAGGCACUGUCAAAGGCAAAUACCGCAGUACAACUCGACAAUGGGCAAGACUUUGAGACCGCCAGGAGGGCCUACACGGAAGCUUGCCACCUAUUACAGGAGGUAUUGCAGCGAACUUCGGUAGAGGUGGAUCGCAGGAAAUUGGAAACCAUUCAUCAAACAUACGUGGGAAGAAUUGCCGAACUCAACGAGAUCCUCGGUGACAGUCUGGAUGAGAAAGCGCUUCCAGAAGAGCCCGAAAGCUACGAUGAACGGGGAUACAUGCGUGCUCAGGCUUACAAUGGAGAAGUGUCUGAUGACGAGCCGAUGCUCUCAACCUACACCCGAGAACGUAGCCGCACUCGGGAGCCUAGCCUCUCUGUUCAGACUCAGUUCAGACGACAACCACCGUCCGGUAGACCGCCAGCACCACCCACGUUAACUCUCCAGACACCGGGGGGUUCCAAUGGCCCUACUUCCUACCUUAGCGAGCAAUAUUCGCUACAGUCUUCGUUUUCCAAGGCACGAUUUGAAAAGGCACCGAUGGAUAAUGCUUACAUGCCACCGCCACUAUUGCCUCGGAGACCUUUAUCACCCGCUCAGCCACCGCCACCUCCACCGGCGCCCGAGAAGGAUGCCCCUCGCCAACAAGUGUUCCGACCCGACUAUUCCAUGUCUGGCGCUCAGGCUACUUCGAGAAAUUACAAGACGAAUGGUGGACAUCAGAGGGAUCCCAGUCACGAGUCGAUAUCAUGGCUUGAUCCGAUCGAGGAGUCUGGUGGAUCUAGCGCCUCUUCGGUACACUCGCGAUCUUCAUCAACAGGAAUACGAAGAAAGCAUAUCCGGGCCGCCAGUGGGGAUACGGAAGCCGAAUUUGAUGCUGCAUUGGACGACGCUAUUGAAGCUGCGUACGACGAGGGAUUUGAGCCGGAGGAUCAGUAUUACACAGAUGGGCAUGAUGCUGUCACGGGAAGUUCAUACCCAAGAGACCAGGUACAGGAUGAGGGAAUGGAUGCGCUCGAAUUAGCGAACGAAAGGGAGCGGAAACUACGGCUACAGCAACACUUGGAAGAUGAGGAGUACCGAAAAAGAGGUUGGACAGGGCACGAUGACUUCUACGACGAGGGCCAUGACUCGGAGGAGGAGGAACGAUUUCUGGAGGAGAUGACGAAAGGGUACCAGAUCGAGGACUUUGCGUUUGGACGGAACAACAAGCAAUCAAUUCCUCGAGAGUCCGACUCCAGCGGGGUCACGAAUCGUACAUGGAAUAGCUCUACAGGGUCGAACCAAAAUACCUCUACAACGCUACUUAGUACGGUGAGCGAGAGCCCGACUCAUCCGGAACCCAAGGGGCCGUUACCCCCAUUACCGCCUCCGCCAGCAGGUGCCUUGCCUCAACUACCUGAUCGACCACCAGGAACUUCGGGAUCCGGGGCUUCAAAUCGGAGCGUAAGACAACGGCGUCUGUCUGGCCAAAACUUGAAGCAGCUGAAGAUCGAGACCACGAAGCUUGCUCAGCCGGGACCAACCACAGCCGGGCCAGCAUUCCCGCCACAACCGGCACGAUCGCACAACUACAUUGCGCAACAGAGACAAGCCUUGUCUGCUGGUCCUCACCGCAAUGCUAAUCCUCUUGCCGCCCGGCGUGUGGUUUCCCCAUCCAUGGGAGAAGGGGGAGCUCCUCCUUUGCCGUCUCACUUGCAGGACGACUACCCGCCUCGCGCAGGGUCUCCCUCGGUUGGUCGGCCUAGUCUAAAAAAGACCUUCUCUUCAUCAAGCUUGCGGAGCGCGCAUCGGAAGCUUUCUGUGUCGCAUAAUGAUGAUGUAUUUGAUAUGUCUCCUGGCACACCGGUGAGUAAUCAGUUUGGCAUCAGUGGCUCAACGACCCGCCUGCCAUCAAUUCCAUCCAUGCCGACACCGAUAGCUGGAUCGUUCCGAGAAAGAGCGGACACAGUUGUCGGAACAGCGGGCAUGUAUCUGUUUGAUGCCGAGUUCCACUCUGCCAAUGAUCCUGGAUCGCCCAACGGAACGCUCGCUGAUGCGCCAGCACCGCUCGAGCCUUGCCCAAGCGAUGUGUUACUCCGACCGUUCUGGCUUAUGCGCUGUCUGUACCAGACCCUCUGCCACCCACGCGGAGGAUACAUCAGCAACAAACUGUUUGUCCCACGGGACGUGUGGAGAGUCAAAGGCGUAAAACUCAAGUACGUCGAGGAGAAGAUCUCGCAGUGUGAUCUGAUGACUGCCGCGCUACAGAAGCUUGCCCGGGUGGAUACAUGCGACGCGGACGCCGUAUUGGAGGAGAUGCAAGCUCUCGAAACGGUGAUCGAGUCCGUCGAGAAGUUCCUAGUCAAGAAGCUUGGCGCCAGCGAAGUCGGACCCCACGCCACCUCGUUCAAGGAUCCAGUACACGCGGAGGAUGGGUCCCUGCCACGGUCAGCCAGCGUAAGCGCCAAGACGAGUGCUUUCUCGUGGAGGAGGUUACGAAGCAAAAACAGCUCAGCGAACCUGACCAGUGCGGGCAAGGGAAGCAGUAGUGCUGGUGGGACCAGUGGUAAUGUGGCGUCGACACCUAUUGAGGGAGCAGGGAAGGAUAUCAUCUGCCCUAGUCUGCCGAUGACGACGCACCCGACGAACCGACCGAUGAAGAGAGACGUAGGAAACGUGCUGUUUCAGGGGCCUAAUGCGAAUUAUAUGAGCUCGUUGGCGAGAUUGUUCGAUGCGGCUCAGUUAGUUGACCAAAUCGCUCGCCAAGUUGAAGACCCAGGCCUCCGGCACGCCGACAAGACGCAGGUGGGACUCGAGCUCAGCACUAGGCAUGCGGCGGAAUUCUUUGCCCUCUACAUUUGUCGGUUCGUCCUGUCAGACCUCACGCUGAUGCUGGACAAGUUCCUCAAGAGAGGAAGCGAGUGGGUGCUUGUCUAGGAGGCAGGACCCAAGCACAAGAGAAGCAGCGGGGAAGGGAGCGUGGAUAUACUUUACUCGUAUCCGUGGGUUUGAUAACAGACAGGGUGGAUGGGUGUUGGAGUACUGUGUAUAGAUGGAAAGGAUUGCCAGGGUGAGGUACAAUGGGAGGAGGGAAAACUGGGAGGACAGGGAAGUAAGGGCUGGCUAGGGAGUGGGAAGGUAUGCAUGGGUGGGUGGAUGGACGGGGUGAUGGGAACGGAUUGGAAUGCGUGGGACGGACGGACGGACGGACGGACGGACGGGUGGGAUGUGCGAAGCCCCGGUUGGCUUGGCUUGUCUGUUCCAACUUCAC